AUGCAGGGACCGAGACCAGUGGUCCUGAGUGGUCCGUCGGGUGCAGGGAAGAGCACUUUGUUAAAGAAACUGCUUAAAGAUUAUGAGAACAUCUUCGGCUUCAGCGUCUCCCAUACCACAAGGCAGCCAAGACCCGGAGAAGUAAAUGGCAAAGAUUACCACUUUGUGACCAGAGAGGAAAUGCAGAAAGAAAUCGAUGCUGGUGAAUUCAUCGAGCACGCAGAGUUCUCUGGAAAUAUGUACGGGACGAGUAAAGGUGCAGUGCAGGCUGUUCAGGCCCAGAACCAGAUCUGCGUCCUUGACAUUGACAUCCAGGGCGUGAAGAACAUCAAGAGGACAGACCUGAACCCCAUCUACAUCUCCGUGCAGCCUCCGUCCAUAGACAUCUUGGAAAAAAGACUGCGUGACCGAAAGACCGAGACAGAAGAAAGUUUACUGAAGCGUUUGACUGCAGCCCGCGUAGAUUUGGAACUUAGUAAAGAGCCUGGCCUGUUCGACUUGGUCAUUAUUAAUGAUGAUUUAGAACAAGCCUAUUCCGAAUUGAAGGAGAUACUCCUGGAGGAAAUCAAGAAGACGCAAGAAUCCAGGAAAUCCUGAGCUGAGCCUGCUUGGAUCAUUUAACUUUGCACAGCAUUCCCGAAGAACGUCCCACCAUUUCAUUCCGAGAGACAUUCCCUUUAGGCUGAUCCUCCUCCCGAGUUACUCUAGGAUGUUUCUAUUAAAAGGAA